UGCCGUUGGUGAGUUUCCCCCAUUAUGGCGGAAGGGCCAGCCGUGCGGAUGGACUGUCUCUCCCACUCCGGUGCUUGUUUUGUGUCUUGAGGGAGGGGUUUUGUUUUUAAUUUUUUAACGUUUCCUCGCAACAGCCCGGUUUCUUUUCAACUAGACGCCACUCGAGUUUAUCGGCGAAGCCAUGGCGGACCGCGGCGUGGAUUUGUCCGCCCUGCCUAAAGAGGUUAGAGACCAGUUGGCUGAGUUGGAUCUGGAGCUGUCUGAAGGUGACAUCACGCAGAAGGGCUAUGAGAAGAAGAGAGCCAAGCUGCUGGCCUCCUACAUCUCCCAUUUGCCAAAUGUGGAUCUGCCUCUACCAGAUGUGCAGCUUUCCCCGAGCCGCAGUGCCGACCCUAGCCCCAGUCCUGAGGCCCCGGGCCCCUCCACCUCUUCAGCCUCCAGACACCAUCGUUCACACCGCAGCGGAGGCGCCAGGGACGAGCGCUACAGAUCAGACAUCCAUACAGAAGCUGUCCAGGCAGCACUGGCCAAACAUAAAGAGGAGAAAAUGGCUCUUCCCAUGCCAACCAAGAGGCGCUCAGCCUUUGUCCAGUCUCCCAUAGAUACCUGCACACCUCCAGACACAUCUUCUGCAUCAGAGGAUGAAGGCUCACUGCGCAGAAAGGCAGCACUCAGUGCAGCACUAGCUCAGACCCUGCAGAGCCCCGACUACUGGAUCAACCGCUCCGUCCAAAGCUCUUCCACAUCCUCAUCUGCUUCCUCCACCCUCUCCCAUGGAGAGCCCAAGAGUCAGCCCCAGCCCCAGCCUCAGCCUGCUGCUUCCUUGUUAGCUGACGUGCUAGCCCACACACGCAUUGAAAACAGUGUCCCCCCAGAUGUGACGUCCUCUGCUUCUCAAGACAGAGGGUCCAGGGUGGAUCUUCCCCCAGCAGUCAGGGGCAUGAGCCGUGGACAGAGCCGCUCCAGCAUGCUGGAUACUGCUGACGGAAAAAGAAAAGGCGUGCCUGUCAGCAGCAGGGUGUCCACUAAGAUCCAGCAGCUGUUGAACACACUCAAACGACCCAAAAGACCGCCGCUCAGCGAAUUCUUCCUCGAUGACUCUGAGGAAAUCGUAGAAGUUCCCCAACCGGACCCCAACACCCCGAAGCCUGAGGGACGUCAAAUCAUCCCAGUGAAGGGGGAGCCCCUUGGGGUGGUCAGUAACUGGCCUCCUGCCCUGCAGGCUGCCCUUGCCCGCUGGGGGGCCACUCAGGCCAAGAGCCCUGCCCUCACUGCCCUGGACAUCACUGGCAAACCACUCUACACACUCACAUAUGGUAAACUGUGGAGUCGCAGUCUGAAACUGGCCUAUACCCUUCUGAAUAAACUGGGCACAAAGACUGAGCCUGUCCUUCAACCUGGAGAUCGAGUGGCAUUGGUGUAUCCAAACAGUGAUCCUGGCAUGUUCUGGGUGGCCUUUUAUGGCUGUCUGUUAGCUGAAGUCAUCCCUGUGCCUAUUGAGGUGCCGCUGUCCCGACAGGAUGCAGGGAGCCAGCAGAUUGGCUUCCUGUUGGGCAGCUGUGGUGUGAGUUUGGCGUUGACCAGUGAGGUGUGUCUCAAAGGGCUGCCCAAGACACAAAAUGGAGAGAUCAUCCAGUUCAAAGGUUGGCCAAGGAUGAAAUGGGUAGUGACCGACACUAAGUACCUGACCAAACCAUCCAAAGACUGGCAGCCUCACAUUCCCACUGCCAACACAGACACUGCCUACAUAGAGUACAAAGCGAGUAAGGAGGGAACAGUGAUGGGAGUCGCUGUGUCCAAGAUCGCCAUGCUGACUCACUGUCAAGCUUUGACACAAGCCUGUAACUACUGUGAAGGGGAGACACUGGUCAAUGUGUUGGACUGUAAGAAAGAUAUGGGCUUGUGGCAUGGCGUCUUAACGAGUGUCAUGAACAGAAUUCACACCAUUACUGUGCCAUAUGCUGUCAUGAAGGCCUGUCCCAUGUCCUGGGUGCAAAGGGUUCACAUUCACAAAGCACGUGUGGCCUUGGUGAAGUGCCGUGACCUCCAUUGGGCCAUGAUGGCCCAUAAAGAACAGAAAGACAUCAACUUGUCUUCAAUACGCAUGCUUAUAGUAGCUGAUGGAGCCAACCCAUGGUCUGUGUCCUCGUGUGAUGCUUUCCUGAAUGUGUUCCAGUCUCAUGGUCUGAAGCCUGAGGUCAUCUGUCCGUGUGCCACCUCUCCCGAGGCCCUGACUGUGGCCAUCCGCAGGCCAGGUGCGCGAGGUGCUCCGCUGCCAGCCAGGGCCAUCCUGUCCAUGGGCGGGCUGAGCCACGGAGUGAUCCGGGUGAACACAGAAGACAAGAACUCUGCUCUGACUGUACAGGAUGUGGGUCACAUUAUGCCUGGAGCUCUGAUGUGCAUUGUGAAGCCAGAGGGAUCUCCUCAGCUGUGCAAGACGGACGAGAUAGGAGAGAUCGUGAUCAACUCACGUGCUGGAGGCACCAUGUACUACGGCCUACCGGGUGUCACCAAAAACACAUUUGAGGUGAUUCCAGUAAAUCAAGCCGGAGCGCCCGUUGGAGAAAUUCCCUUCACUCGAACUGGCCUGCUUGGAUUCGUGGGACCGGGGAGUCUGGUAUUUGUUGUGGGAAAGAUUGAGGGGCUCCUGAUGGUGAGCGGGCGACGGCACAAUGCAGACGACCUGGUGGCCACGGCGCUAGCAGUGGAGCCGGUCAAAACAGUUUACAGGGGGAGGAUCGCAGUGUUUUCUGUGACGGUGUUUUAUGAUGAGAGGAUAGUGAUUGUGGCAGAGCAGAGGCCCGAUGCCAGUGAAGAAGACAGCUUCCAGUGGAUGAGUCGAGUGCUGCAGGCCAUUGACAGUAUCCACCAGGUUGGCCUGUACUGUCUCGCGCUCGUCCCAGCCAACACCCUCCCAAAGACGCCUCUGGGAGGCAUCCACAUCUGUGAAACCAAGCAGAACUUUUUGGAGGGAAACCUUCACCCCUGUAAUAUCCUCAUGUGCCCACACACCUGUGUUACAAACCUGCCCAAGCCCCGGCAGAAACAGCCAGUGGACGUUGGUCCAGCUUCUAUGCUGGUUGGCAACUUGGUGGCAGGGAAACGGAUCGCCCAGGCUAUAGGGAGAGAGCUGGGCGUGGUGGAGGACCAGGAUCUCAUUCGAAAGCACCAGUUCUUGUCUGAAGCUCUGCAGUGGAGAGCCCAAAUGGACCCUGACCAUGUUUUAUACGUGCUGCUCAAUGCUAAGGGGGUAGCAGUGUGCACAGCAACUUGUGCUCAGCUACACAAGAGAGCAGAGAAAAUCACAGCUACCCUGAUGGAGAGAGGAGGUCUCAACACAGGAGACAACGUGGUGCUGCUUUAUCCCCCGGGUAUCGACCUGAUAGCCGCCUUCUAUGGCUGUCUCUACGCGGGGGUCAUCCCUGUGACUGUGAGGCCGCCCCACCCACAGAAUCUGGCUGCUACUCUCCCCACUGUCCGCAUGAUCAUUGACGUGAGCAAAGCAGCCUGCAUCCUCACCACACAGCCUCUCAUGAGGAUCCUCAGGUCCAGGGAGGCGGCUGCCAGCGUCAAUGUCAAAACGUGGCCCACGAUCAUUGAUACAGAUGAUCUUCCAAGAAAGCGGCCUCCACACAUCUACAAACCUCCUACAGCUGAGAUGCUAGCCUAUCUGGACUUCAGUGUGUCCACCACAGGCAUGCUGACUGGAGUCAAGAUGUCUCACGCUGCGGUCAGCACUCUGUGCCGCUCCAUUAAACUGCAGUGUGAGCUCUACUCCUCACGCCAAGUAGCCAUCUGCCUGGACCCAUACUGUGGCCUGGGCUUCGUCCUCUGGUGCCUCUCCAGUGUUUACUCAGGUCACCAGUCCAUCCUUAUCCCUCCCCUGGAGCUGGAGAGCUCGCUGCCUGUGUGGCUGAGCACGCUCAGUCAGUACAAGAUCAGAGACACCUUUUGCUCGUAUUCUGUCAUGGAGCUCUGCACCAAAGGCCUGGGCACCCAGACGGAGAUGCUGAAGGCGCGCGGUCUGAACCUGUCGUGCGUGCGGAGCUGUGUGGUGAUAGCAGAGGAGCGUCCUCGCCUCGCUCUCACGCAGUCCUUCUCCAAGCUCUUCAAAGACCUCGGCCUUUCACCUCGCGCCGUCAGCACCGCCUUUGGCUCGAGGGUCAACCUAGCCAUCUGCCUUCAGGGCACUGCUGGACCAGACCCCUCCACUGUCUAUGUUGACAUGAAGUCCCUGCGUCACGACAGGGUGAGGCUAGUGGAAAGAGGAGCGCCACAGAGUCUUCCACUCAUGGAGUCGGGCACUAUCCUACCAGGAGUGAGAGUCAUCAUAGUCAACCCAGAGACCAGAGGCCCACUGGGGGACUCGCAUCUUGGUGAGAUUUGGGUGAACAGCCCACACAAUGCCAGUGGCUACUACACCAUUUAUGGGGAGGAGAGCCUGCAGGCAGACCACUUCAACACCAGGCUCAGCUUUGGGGAGCCCCAAACUCUGUGGGCCAGGACCAGUUACUUGGGUUUCAUCAAGAGAACAGAGCUGCUGGAUGCAAGUGGAGAUCGCCAUGAUGCCUUGUUUGUGGUGGGAUCCCUGGAUGAAACGCUGGAGUUGAGGGGGCUGCGUUAUCACCCCAUCGACAUCGAGACGUCCGUGUCCCGCGCCCACCGCAGCAUCGCAGAGAGUGCCGUGUUUACAUGGACCAACCUGCUGGUGGUGGUGGCGGAGCUUAGCGGCUCGGAGCAGGAGGCCUUGGACCUGGUGCCACUCGUCACCAACGUGGUCCUGGAGGAGCACCACCUCAUCGUCGGAGUGGUGGUCAUCGUGGACCCGGGGGUGAUCCCCAUCAACUCCCGGGGAGAGAAGCAGAGGAUGCAUCUACGAGACUCCUUCCUGGCUGACCAACUGGACCCCAUCUACGUGGCCUACAACAUGUGAACACCCUUCACCAACUGAUGCAGAAACCUGAGCCAGGCUCCGAGAACAGACAACGAGGGAGAAGGACUUUGGGGACGUGUACAGUAGCAGCCCCGAAGUUAAAACCUCAGACACACUCAUUGGAAAUGCCAAACGGCGUGGGAACGCGAGAAACGACUCAAGUACUGUAACGACAACAUGCUUCCCUCUCAGAAACUGUUCUGUCUUUACUUCCACCUGCUCGAUUGCUGCAGUCCAGGUUCACUGAGAUUUCUACUGUGGGGCCUGACACUUUCUCUGCUCCUGAAAGGUAGAUGCACGUGUCGACUGGGAGAAAUCCCAUCAUCCUUUUUUUUUCUGCACCCACCUCUCCCUCGUCAAUCAAACUCAUGUUUUUAGGAUAUUUUAAUUACUCCCAGAAAGAGAAGAAUGGAAUUCUCCCCUCAUUUUUCUAUCCUUUUGCUUUCCUCCUGAACCAUGCAUGCUCAUGUGUCAGAUUUUUCAGUUUUUUUUUAAACCCGUCUAAUCUUGAAGGUGCACUGGAACUUCUCCCCUUGCACUUUACGUCCUCGCACCUCGAUUUCCUGUCUCCUGCCUCCCCCACCCCUCAUGCCUGCUGCUGUCAAAAAGAGCAAAUCCACAUCAGUAUUAAAAGCGCCACAAGCAAGCACAGCCCACAGCGGGGAGUCCUGACACAAUUGCCCACCAGGUGCACAGUGGCGUCCACUUUCCAUCACACGCGAUGUUUGCUGGCAGACUUAGUGUCGACAAUGACGAAACAAAAAAAUAUCUUAAAAAAAUGCUUGAAUUACUUGUUGGUGUGGGAAAAGAAAGACUUCAUGAACCCGAGUAGUAAAGAUGAAACAGAUUCUUCAUCUUCGGUGUGAGUAGGAGUCGGUGGGGUAGAUAGCUCGUAUGAUUGUGAUAGUACUAAUCUAUUUUUAAAAAGCGCCAAUUUCCAGAACAACUUUCGAAACUAUAGUCUGUGUUUAGGUGUGCAUGCCAGCUGGGAGUGCAGGUGACGUCUACAUGCGGGCUCGAAACAAAACGAAAACAAGCUUCGCGAGCCAAGGAUUCUCACAGCAGUUAUUUCGCUGCCUAUGCUGAAUGUUCAGGCUUUGUCACAGUUUUUGUGCCUCUCAUGUAAAAGCAUUCACAGCCUCCCGGCGCUCAACAAGAGCUGCUCUUAAAGAGGAAAUAAGUACCCGGUGUUAAUGAGGGAGACCAAGAAUGUUCUGAAGUUAUUCCCAGACAACCUUCUGUUUCUCUUCUCCUUUUAACCCAUGUUUGCAGUUAACUCUCUUUACUCUUUAUCUGUCAGCUAAAAUGUUGUAAAGAAAUUAAUACGUGUGACUAUAAAUGACAGCACUGUUUGUGUUGUACAAAUGUAGCUAUAGCCAGUAUAGAUGAGCGUUUGGUUCAUCUAAAGGUUUUGUUUUUUAAGGAAAUAUCUUGAGAACGUUGGUGUCUCUGUGUGAAUGUGUAGUUUUUCUCACCGGGUAUUUAUUUUCUUUACAAAAAUCUCACAAAGUAACAUCAACAAACUUUUGUGACUUCACCCAUGAGAAGAACUAACCGGAAGUGAUUUGAAAUUUGUCCGAUCACACCUUCAAUGUGGUCUCCUUGUGCACCCCAGAACAGCUAAUGCACCUCUCACUGGUGCGUUAGACUGAACACAUUUCAGACUGGAUUUAGUUUUGCUGAAGAGGAAAACACCUCAGGGAUACAAAUCUGGCACAGCAAGUGCAACAGGGAGGCUUUACAGUAGAAUUUGGCCUGGAUCCUGUGGACUCAUGAGCUGAAAACUAUUGUUUGUUCUUUGGGUUGUACAUGACAACCAGCUUGCUCAGUCUGACAGUUUUGCAGGGACAUUUUUGUAACCAUAGGAAAGUAGGAGAGAUAGCAAAGGCCAAUUUAAUCCAGGCUCUUGCAGCUGAGCUCCAGCAUCACCCGACAUGCAUGGGGAACUUCCAGGGAGAGAUUCAAAUUAGAAAGUUGAGGGAAGUUUUUAAGGUUUUCUUUUCGUGGGUGAAGUCGCCAAAUUUCUUUAUAAAGUCAAAUGUUUAGCUCUAAUGUGGCUUUAAUGUGAUGUUAAUACAUCGGAGGCUUAAUCUGGAGUUUGGCACUCUAGGCUCUGAAAACCAUAGCAGACCAAAAAACCGCUAAACAAAAUUUAAGGUCCAACUUCUCUGUGUUCAAGGGCCGUUUUGUUCGGCUUCGCCUGGCUUGGUCUGAGGUUCUGAAGUGAGCUGCUAGCUUUCAGUCUGUGUGUAGUUUUCCACCUUAUAUCAAAGAACGUGUUUCAUUUAGUGUCACAGCUGAUUAGAUAAAUGUAGAAAAUCUGAAGGCAAGUCGGUGCCUUUUACCAUGGUGACAUUUACGAUAAUGGACCAUUGAAUUUAAAAAAAAAAAAAAAAAAAAA